CUUCCUUUCAUUCUCCCUCACCUCACAAAAAGGAGAAGAGAGAGAAAAUAGAGGUCUAGUAAUGGCGGAAGUUUCUCUAACAUCUUUUGCUCUGUUCACAUUGAUGAUUUCGUCGCUUUUCUUAACCAUUGUUAAUGGAAAAUUACAAAGCGAAAAAGAUCAAAUCGUAAAUUCAAGAGUUGAAGAACUACUUAAAAGAAUCAUGAAUUCUUCAAUGGCAUAUAGGGCCAAAGAAGCUGAAGUGAAAAACCAAGAAGCUGUUGUUGAACGACCAGAAGAGAUAAUAUCUAUGGUCUCAAGGAGCAUUACCAACAAUACAAGGAGAAAUCUAGGAUAUUUCUCAUGUGGAACGGGGAAUUUAAUUGACGACUGUUGGAGAUGCGAUCCUAAUUGGCACAAAAAUCGAAAGCACCUAGCUAAUUGCGCAAUUGGGUUUGGGCGCAACGCAAUCGGAGGUCAUGAUGGACGAUUUUACGUCGUGACCGAUCCAACGGACAAUGAUGCAGUGAACCCAAAACCUGGCACACUUCGCCAUGCUGUCAUCCAAGAUGAGCCACUUUGGAUCAUUUUUAAAAGGGACAUGGUAAUAAAAUUAAAAGAAGAACUAAUUAUGAACAGUUUUAAGACAAUAGAUGGAAGAGGAGUAAAUGUACAUAUUGCAAAUGGAGCAUGUAUUACUAUUCAAUAUAUUACUAAUAUUAUAAUACAUGGUAUUCAUAUACAUGAUUGUAAGCCAACUGGUAAUGCAAUGGUGAGAAGUUCUCCUUCACAUUAUGGGUUUAGAGGUGUUGCUGAUGGUGAUGGGAUUUCUAUUUUCGGGUCGAGUCAUAUUUGGAUUGAUCAUAACUCCCUUUCAAAUUGUGCUGAUGGACUCAUUGAUGCUAUUAUUGGAUCCACUGCUAUUACCAUUUCUAACAAUUAUUUUACGCGUCACAAUGAGGUGAUGUUGUUGGGUCACUCAGACUCGUAUGUAAAGGAUAAAGUAAUGCAAGUUACGAUUGCAUACAAUCACUUUGGAGAAGGACUUAUCCAAAGGAUGCCAAGGUGUAGACAUGGCCACUUCCACGUUGUGAACAAUGACUACACCCAUUGGCAAAUGUAUGCCAUUGGAGGGAGUGCAAAUCCCACCGUUAACAGCCAAGGAAAUAGGUACCUUGCCCCAACCAAUCGUUUUGCCAAAGAGGUGACUAAGAGGGUGAAAAGUAAAGGAAAUUGGAAAAAGUGGAACUGGAGAUCAGAAGGUGAUUUGUUUCUAAAUGGGGCCUACUUCACCCCCUCAGGCUCAGGAGCUGGUGCUAGCUACGCCAAAGCCUCUAGCUUAGCAGCCAAGCCAUCAAACCUUGUUGCUACCCUCACUGCAAGUGCUGGAGUUCUCAGUUGUCGUCACGGUCGACAAUGUUAGUCUCAUUUACCCAUAAACUUUAUUACAUUUGACAGUAUAUAAUAUAUUUAGAAACCUCAACCAAUAAUCUAAGCUUUUGAUUGAAUUGGUUAAAUUAAUUCCUUGAUCUAAACUAUCGAUCCUGAGACCUUAAUAAAAAGUUUAGGCUAAUGGUUCAAACUUUAAAAUAUAUUAUAUACUGUAACAAUAUUAGUCGUUAGCUUUCCGACCAAAUAUUUACUUGGUCGAUUGUUUGCGUCGGUAUUUAGUGAGUUUUUUGUAGUGAUUAUUCAUCAAAGGAAAAAAGGCUCCUUAUUACUUUGAUAGAAAAGAUAUUAAUGUAAAUAGUUUAUCGGACCGUUGGGUCAAACUCAUGUACUAAUGUUAAACUAUCAUUUUCGUUGAUAGAAUAAGUUGUAUUUGUAUAUUUUUUAUU